AUGCAUUUCCAAUUCUUGUCCAAUUCGCUUCCGAGUUCCCAGUCCCAGACUCCCACGUCUUUUUUUUUCUCUCUUUUCUUUUUCUGGUCCCUUCCGCAGACCCCGAGCCCCCAAUCUGCCAUACCGCCUCGGCCUUCGAAUUACCUUAGUUUGUUACCUGACGGAUACUCACAGCCUGACCAGACCAGACCCCCAGUUGCACAUCAUCCCCAUUUCUGUCACUGCCAGCUGCCAAGAAAGGAGCCGACGUACAUACAUUCGUCCUUCUGCAAGGUCCUCUGCAGUUUGUUGGACUUCUAG